GUUGUGCUUUCCUCCCAAUCCAAUAUUCCAUUCGUGUGUUUUCACAACUCAAGAAGUCGAUCGAACGAUCAAACUCUCGGUCGGUGCGCUCCUGUCGAGCUGAUAUUGUGCCGAAAGAACCCGCAAAUUGUCUGCAAGGACUGGUGGUGAAGGGCGAAAAGCGUGUAUCGUACCGUACCGUACCGUGUCCCUGAGCUACUACUACUGCAUUCUUGCAAUCAUCAAUCUCUUUCGCAUUGAUUGGAAUUGUGCAACAACACGUCUGAAUCGCCAUAGUGACAUACACGCGCGAAUUCGCACAACUUCUGUUCCGUUCCAUUCCUAAGUAGGCUGAUCUCCCGGGACAGUCUUUUAGGUUUUGGUAGCGAACAGGACCCAAAAAAAAGGGAGGAAACAACAACGGGGAUUCCCUUUCCGUUACAGUUUCCUUCCGCGAGCACUUUCGCGGACCGAAUAGUACCGCGUGUCAACACACACGUUGGCUUACCCGUGUUCAAAGUGAUCUAAAGUGAAAAGAACCUACCCCUACUACUCUUCUGCCACCUCCAUCAGGCGUCGAAACUCGAAACGGAAGUGAAAACUCACAAACAAAACCGUACUCGACGGGUGUUGCCGUCAAACAAGUUCUCCCUAAUCGACGCAGAGCAAUACAUGACAAAAUGUUGAUAACCGGCAGCGAGACGAGCGUUGCGACCAUCGACGAUGGAGGGACGAUGUGGAGCAGACAGCAGAAUGCCGUCUCCGUACGGCAUGCGUUCAAAUCUUACGGCACCAAGAAGAAACCAAAUCAAGUUCUAUCGAAUCUUAACAUGACAGUAGCCAAAGGAACUAUUUAUGGACUUUUAGGAGCAUCCGGAUGUGGUAAAACAACACUUCUUUCGUGUAUAGUUGGACGAAAGCGACUCAAUUCCGGAGAAAUAUGGGUACUGGGAGGCAAACCCGGAACCAAGGGAUCCGGUGUCCCUGGUGCACGUGUUGGUUAUAUGCCACAGGAGAUAGCUUUAUACGGAGAGUUCUCCAUCCGAGAGACGAUGAUGUACUUCGGAUGGAUCUUUGGUAUGCACACGACCGAAAUCGUUGAGCGAUUACAGUUUCUACUCAACUUCCUUGAUCUGCCAUCGGAGUCGCGGUUGGUGAAGAACUUGAGCGGAGGACAGCAGCGUCGAGUGUCGUUCGCGGUGGCCCUUAUGCACGAUCCAGAGUUGCUCAUCCUUGACGAACCGACCGUCGGUGUGGAUCCGCUACUUAGACAAAGUAUAUGGAAUCAUCUGGUACACAUCACCAAGGCUGGCCAAAAGACCGUUAUCAUCACAACACAUUACAUCGAGGAAGCGCGACAGGCUCACACGAUUGGUCUGAUGCGAUCAGGACGACUGCUGGCGGAGGAAUCACCCGCCUGUCUGCUCUCGAUGUACCGCUGCAGCAGCCUGGAAGACGUGUUUCUGAAGCUUUCUCGCAAGCAAGGCCAAGCCAAUGUCGCACCAGCUGAGCUAAACAUCAGCAACAACAUUUCACUGUCGGCACUAGCGUUCGGAAACAAAAAAGACAAUCCAGUUUACGUGAGCCAGGAAAGUGGAGUGGUCGGACUCAACUUCCAUCAGAGCAAGGAGGUGCUCAUCAGUGAUAGUAACGGAUCUACCAUCGCUAUCAACGGACUCAACGGAUCGGCCCCGGGUGUAAUCAGCGAAACCGUUGACUGCGAUAACUGUACCGAGUGUUCAGGAUGUUCAAAUUUCACAUCGAAGGGCAAAAUUAAGGCGCUGCUUGUUAAGAACUUCCUGCGUAUGUGGCGAAAUGUGGGUGUGAUGCUGUUCAUCUUCGCCUUGCCCGUGAUGCAGGUGAUACUGUUCUGCUUAGCUAUCGGACGCGACCCAACCAAUCUGAAAAUGGCCAUCGUAAACGGUGAAAUGAAUACAACGAUCGGUGCCGACUGCGUGUUUGAUCCUGGUUGUAGCUUUACCAGUCUAUCGUGUCGCUACCUAAGCCACCUAAACUCGACCAUAGUGAAAGAGUACUAUACGGACCUGGACUCAGCGUUGGAUGCAGUGCGCGAAGGCAACGCCUGGGGUGCGCUCUACUUUACGGACAACUUCACCGAUGCACUCGUGGCACGUAUUGCACUGGGUCGCGAUGCGGACGAUGAAACACUGGACCAAUCGGAGAUUCGCGUCUGGCUGGACAUGUCCAAUCAGCAGAUCGGUAUCAUGCUGAAUCGCGAUCUACAAGUGGCGUAUCGUGAGUUUGCACAGCAACUUCUCCGCGUAUGCGACAACAAUCCCAAGCUUGGCGAUGUUCCGAUCCAGUUCAAGGCUCCAAUUUAUGGCACCAACGAUCCGUCCUUUACGGACUUUGUAGCACCGGGUGUGAUUCUAACUAUCGUGUUCUUCUUGGCAGUGGCGCUCACAUCGUCGGCUCUGAUCAUUGAGCGUACGGAGGGACUUUUGGAUCGCUCGUGGGUUGCUGGAGUGACACCGACGGAAAUUCUACUAUCACACGUCAUGACACAGUUCGUGGUGAUGUGUGGCCAAACGGCACUGGUGUUAAUCUUCAUGAUCGUAGUGUUCGGUGUAACGAACAAUGGUGAAAUCGGAUGGAUCGUGGUGCUAACCAUCCUGCAGGGUCUGUGUGGUAUGUGCUUCGGAUUUGUCAUUUCCGCCAUCUGCGAGCUCGAACGGAACGCCAUUCAGCUCGCCCUGGGCUCCUUUUACCCGACCCUCCUGCUUUCGGGCGUUAUCUGGCCCAUCGAGGGAAUGCCACUUGUACUGCGGUACGUUUCGCUUUGCCUGCCGCUCACACUGGCCACCACUUCGCUCCGCUCCAUAUUAGCACGCGGCUGGAGCAUAAUGGAGCCAGACGUGUACAUGGGAUUCGUAUCGACGAUUGCUUGGAUUGCACUGUUCCUCAUCGUAACCGUGCUCGUGCUCAAGUUCAAGCGUGGCUAGAGCGAGCACCAUUGCCUCACUCCAGCAAACACCUUAUCUUUCCAUUAUUCGUUACAUCGGAAUCGGAAUCAUGUGUGAAACGAUGCUUCGUUUCUUAUUUGCUCAAAUUUACUUCGGUUUCGAAUUCCCUUCGCACACACCUUCCUCUUGAAGCCAUCACCCCCUCUCCUCACCCUUCGCCCUAAUAAUCCUAGCUAAAGUUUUCCCCAAACAACUUAUCCUUAAUCCCUGUUCUGGGUCUCGGGUCCAGCACUCUCUGCAUGACACAAGGGCUAGCAUAUAUAUAUUCAGUGAAACCAACGGGACCAGCGGCAAACACCGUAUAUCGACUGCUGGAGUUGUAGUUUUUCGGUUUUAGAGACGCUGAUAGUAUAGUAUAAAGCGUAUCAGUAGCAGCAGGAAGGGUAUAGCGUACGCGAAUGAAUGGGAAUGUAUGUGUGUAUUUUUGUAUGUGUGAAAACGGGCGCACUCUGUGUGAAGUGCGUACGUGCGUGCAUGUGUGUUUGAAUCUACAAACGCUUAGAGCGCAUAUUUUGGUGCAAACGCAUAAUGCAGAAAAAAAUGCGUGUCUGCUGUUGCGUUGAGGAUUAACAUUUUAUUAGACGCAAACAGGACGACCGGCAGCUGCAGGCGAGACGCGGGAAGCAUAUAAGACAAUGAACGCAUCAAUGUGAACUGUGAUUGUAAAACAACGAGCAAAAGCUAUUUCAUUAAUUUUGUUUUAUUAUAAUUUGUAUCGUUUACUAUAACCGGAGUGUUGUAUUGAUGGUUCCACCAGAGAAAAAAAAACCAUCCACAGCCAACUAAAAUGCGCACGAUUCCAUACAUUGCAUAUUCGACUACAUGUACACUAACAGUGGCGCAAGCUUUUUUCCGGUUCAAGACAAUGCCAGAAAUCAGAGUCGCUAAUCGAUUGAUCAAACGUCGUAAAAAUAGAAAACCGCCCAAUGGACAACCAAUCUUUAGUGCAACAUUGUUCUUAUCUAAUUUGAUUCAUAUGAGUAGCUUCGAUUUUGGGUCGAGAUUUCCAUUUCUUUCGGCUGCAGCAUACAAACUGUACUACUAAGCCGUUCAACAUAGCAAUACCGUGCUCAAGAGUGCACAUGCUUAUAGUAUUAAGAGAGAUAUAUACAAUCUACCGCAGCUGAGCAGCGCAGCUCCUGUCCUUUCUGCCUGGGUGUUUUACUUUUGUAUAUUCUAUGUUGCAACUCGAAAACAAUCAAACAUAAACAUAAACUUAUGUUGCCCGGUUUAGUCGGGCCGGUACAUCACAAGAAUAGCAGCAGGUAAACCCUUGGGUUUCCCAUGCUGUAGUGACCGUAUUGCGAAUGUUUCCGAUUGUAACCAACCUACCGGAAGUUUGCGGUGCGAAACAUGAAUUGUAAGUCAUGCUACUAAGCACUGAAAUCCCCGUACCAAGCGGGAACUACACGAAAGGGCGAAGGAAUUGUAACAAGUACUUAUAAAUAUUAUAUCAUUAUAUGGGGGUUACAUGGCGGAUGGAAAACAAAGCAUAAAAAUCACGGAAGAUUAACUAAUAUUACAGUAGAAGAUUUUCUUUUCCAUAAGUUUCUUUUUACUUUUGAUUUGCUUGUGCUUGACACAUCAGGGCGCCUCGGUCGAGCUGUCGAGAUGCUACUUACCAAGAAUGGGUUGGGUGAAAAUGGAAUAUCGAGUCAGAUACAACGAAGAUUGAUCACAUUUCGAUUGAGUGAAUAGAUAAUAUUAAAGUGAGACAAAAUAUCAACCCUUGCGGCCUACAGUGUAAUUGUGGAGGAAAAUAAAAAAAUGUAAUAAACACAAAAAUACAUUCGCCUGAGUUAUGG